AUGGCCACCUUUGACGUUGAUGGGACCAACCGAACUAACCUCUCCUUCUACUGUGAAUUUAAUGAACAGUUAAAGUUCAUUCUCCUUCCUGUCAGCUACGCCCUGGUCUUUGUGAUCGGCCUGGCGCUGAAUGCCACAGCGCUGUACGUGAUCGUGUUCCGCACAAAACGCUGGAAGCCGUCCACUAUCUAUAUGUUCAACCUGACGAUGUGUGACACACUCUACAUCUUCACUCUGCCCUUCCUCAUCUACUACUACGCCGAUGAGAACGACUGGCCGUUCAGUGAACCCUUCUGCAAGGUCAUACGCUUCCUGUUUUACGCCAACUUAUAUGGUUCCAUUCUGUUCCUGUGCUGUAUCAGUCUCCAUCGGUUCAUCGGCAUCUGUUAUCCAGUUCGCUCCCUCAAAUGGUUCAGUGCUCGUCGUGCCAGGCUGAUAUCUGUGGCAGUGUGGGCCUGUGUUUUAUUCUGCCAGGCACCUGUGCUCUACUUUUCAAGAACUAGAGACACGGACACUGAGCGACUCUGCUACGACACCACCAGCCCGGAGCUUUUCGAUGACUUCCUGGUGUACAGCUCAGUGGUGUCAGUGCUCAUGUUUGUGCUGCCCUUCAUGGUGGUGAUGGUGUGCUACGGCCUCAUGGUGAAAAAGCUCCUCGAGCCUUCCUGGAGCUCUGAAGGGAGAGCAGCAGGCAAUAGGAGAGGCCCAGCAACGUCCAAGCAGAAAUCGGUGAAGAUGAUCAUCAUUGUGUUGGCAGCCUUCAUGCUCUGUUUCCUCCCUUUCCACCUCACCAGGAGCCUUUACUACUCCUUUAGGUACCUGAGGCAAGUCGAUCCAGCACAGAUUAGCUGUAGCUUGUUGGAGGCCUCCAGUGUGGCCUACAAGGUGACACGACCUUUGGCCAGCGCUAACAGCUGUGUGGAUCCCAUCCUUUACUUCCUAGCUGGGCAGGAUGCCCGCAGUAAUCUUGCCAGGAAGUGCAAACUGUCUCCACCGAAACCAAGAAGUGUGAGCCACUGCUUGACAACACAACUCUGAUCGAUUAGUUGAAACUAUCUCAGUGGAAAAGCAAGUUUUGGGGAUAAAUAAUGCCUCAAGAGAGAACUUUUCAAUCCAAAAUGUUUGCCAGCUGUCUCCUGAGCAAACACAGGACUUCUGUUUGAAGAACCAUGUGCGCUUUCCUGAAAGAAUUAUACUUUACAUAUUGUUCCUCGUGUUUUUAUCAAGUGUGUUGGGAAUGACAGAUUCUGCACCUUUAUAUGUUUUAUUUACAAAUUUCACUGAGACCAAAUUAAAAGGAAAUACUUUGGAACUUUCUCACUAUCACUCAAGGCCUUUCAGAAUGCACUCAUGAUGAUGAAGGUUAUAAAAGAACUUCUAAAUCAUGCUUAGGUCUUUAAAUCAUUAAACGAUAUGUAACAUUGUGUUUUUAUGUUUGAAAAGAAAACUUAUAUUGUAUUGACAGCACUAAACUAGUCCGUGCUUCACAGCUGUGAGUUAUUUUCAUUUUUUUGUAGUAAUUUUACUGGACAACUCCUCCAAGUGAUGUUUGUGUAUCUGGAACAAAUGGUUUUUCCUUAGCUCAGUGUCCUCUGAGCUACAUACUGGAAAAACAUGUCUGUGUUCCCUUCAGGGUUCAACCACACUGUGGUUUUUUAAAGACUCCUGGAAUAGUGUGGGUGUCACUUUGAGCAACAAAAUGUGAAGGAAGUUAAAAUGAUGCUAUAACAAACUAAUUUUGACUGCACGGUUGUGGUGAUACUUUCCUUUGCGUCACGUGAAGUGUUCUUAGAUGCCAUAAUA